AUGGCACUGGACAAGAACUACUCCUACAAGCUUGGAUAUCAAGCUCUCCCACCCAUCAAAACCCUCCACUACCCACCACAACCUGCUUCAGACUAUGCUUUUCCCAUAUUUGCCAUUGCUGUGCUCAGCAUAUUGGCCACCGUUUUGUUGCUCCUCAGUUACUUUACUUUUUUGAGCAAAUGCUGCUCAAACUGGCAUCAAGUUAACCCGGUAAGAUGGAUUUCCAUCCUGCGAGCUCGACCGAACGAGGAUCCCUUCAUAGCAUUGUCUCCUGCCAUGUGGAACCGGGGGCUUGAUGAAUCUGUCAUCAGAGAAAUCCCAACUUUUCAGUUCAUAAAAGGAGAAGGUGGGAAUCAAAGUGUGUAUGGCUGCGUGGUUUGUUUGACUGAGUUUCAAGAACAGGACGUGCUAAAAGUUCUACCUAAUUGCAGCCAUGCCUUUCACUUGGAUUGCAUUGACAUUUGGCUUCAGACCAAUGUCAAUUGUCCUCUUUGUAGAUCAAGCAUUUCAGGCAACACACACUGUCCAUUGGACCAUAUCAUAGCUCCAAGUUCUUCUCCUCAGGAUUCUCAAUUACCCUCUAACAUGAUGGGUAGUGAUGAAGAUUUUGUGGUUAUUGAACUUGGGAGAGUAUUGCCACAGGCGCAACAAGAAAGAAAUGACUCAAGGGGAAGCCUAGCACAGAGUAGAAACCACUCUACAAGGAAGGUGGAGCAGCAGAAGCUUGGAAACUUGAAACCAAGGAAGUGCCACCAUGUUUCCAUCAUGGGAGAUGAGUGUAUUGAUAUUAGAAAGAAAGACGACCAGUUUUGUAUUGAGCCUAUUAGAAGAUCUUUCUCAAUGGAUUCUGCAAAAGAUAGACAACUUUACUUGGAUGCUCAAGCCAUUAUACAGCAUAAUAGGCAUCAGAAUGAGGCUAGUGCUAGUGAGGAUUGUAAUAGCAGAGGUCGAAGAGCAUUCUUUCCAUUUUGUUAUGGAAAGGGAUCCAAAAAUGCAGUCCUUCCUUUGGAGAAGGAUGUUUAA